AUGAAUUCCUUGAAUGAACAUAAUGAACAUUCAAUAAUUUCAACACAACAGUCAUCUGAGGUUAACACUGAAGUGUCUGAAAUGACGGAUUCAGCUAUGUCCAUUUUAGAUGGUAAGUUUUUUAAAAUAAAAUCUAAAAUUGAAAAAAAUAAAGUAAUUGCUACAUGCGUAAUAUGUGAGCCACGUAAUGUUGAAAUAAAAGGAUCAUUAUCUUCAACAUCUAAUUUUAAGUCACAUCUCAAAAGAAGACAUGAUCAAUCCGUUAUUGAAUCAUAUGAAAAUUAUUUAUCAGAAAAACGAUUAAGAAUCAACGAUUCUAAAACGGAUAAUGCAGUUAGUACAGUACAUCGUGUUAAAUAUACCCAAGACCAAUUUGACAAAGAUAUCACAAAUUUUAUUAUACAUUCAAUGGUUCCAUUAAGAACUGUAGAAAACCCAUAUUUCAAAAAAAUAUUUGAUAAUAUUGGAGUCACUAAAACAAUUAUUGUUCCGAGUCGACGAAAUCUUGGGAGAAAAAUACAUAAUUUAUUUCAAGACUCGAAAGAAAAAAUUAUAAACGACAUUAAAGGUAUACAAUAUGUAUGCACCACAACUGAUGUCUGGUCAUCGAAGAAGAGAAGUUUUUUGGGCGUGACAAUACAUUGGAUCGAUGCCGAUAAUUUCCAACGGCGAUCAUCGAGUUUGGCUUGUCGCAGAUUUCGCGGAACACAUAGUUAUGACAAAAUUGCUGAUAUAUUACAAGACAUACAUUUAGAAUACAAUUUGAAUUGUAAUAAGAUAAUCGCAACAAUUACUGACAAUGGAAGUAAUUUUGUCAAGGCGUUUAAAGUGUAUGGUGUUAAAUUAACUCACUUUGAUAAUGUUGAAGAUAGUGAGUAUGGGAAUAUUGAUUUAUUUGGUGAUGCAACAUCGGUAGAUAGCCAGGGACAGGACGAUGAACAAAUAAUUUAUGAUUUAGUAGAAACAACGGAAGAACUUGAAAAUAAUCCAUGGCUACCUCGACAUUUACGAUGCUGUGCUCAUACAUUGAGCCUUUUUGCUACAUCUGAUUUAAUUAUAACUAUUCUAUCACCGCAAAACUCACAACUAACUGAAAUACACACUUCGGUAAUGAAAAAGUGUACAAUAUUAUGGAACGCUUCAAAUAGGCCAAAAUCUGCUGAGGUCAUAUUACAGACAUUGGGCCAUAAUUUAUCAAGACCCGGGGAUACACGUUGGAACUCUUUAUAUGACUCAUUGAAACAAAUUUUAAAAUAUAAGGAGAAAAAUUGUGAGUUAUUCGAAGCAUUAGGAUUCAAGAAUAGCAUGUUAAAGGAUUCGGAAUAUUUAUAUAUAGAAGAGCAUUUGAAUUGCGUUGGUCCUUUAGCAGAAGCAUUAGAUAUUCUCCAAGGUGAAAAUAAUAUUUUCUAUGGGUUUGUUCUUCCAGUCAUAUUGAGCUUACGCCGCAAAGUUAAGAAUUUGUUACUAAAUAAUUGGAGAUAUUGUGAACCUUUAGUUAACAGUAUCCUCACAAGUAUUGAAAAAAGGUUUUCUAAUAUAGUACAAUUAAAUACAAUUGAAGCAGAAAACGCUAUGAUUGCCACAUUUUCACAUCCGAAAUUUAAAAACCGUUGGCUAAGUUGCAUUGACUCUUCUCAACAUGAUCGAUGUAUUCAAAUAUUUAAAACAGCAGUAACUAAUAAAAUAAAAGAAAUAAAUACUAUUUCAUCAACAAAUUCAGAAUCGCCAGAAUUAAACGCUCAACAAAGUAGACGCUCUGCAGCGUCAGAGGCAGAAAUACAGGUCGUACAAUUUUUCAACAACUUGUCUCAAGACCUGUCAAUUCUUCAUCAGUAUCCGCCAAUCAAAGAGAUAUUUUUACGCUAUAAUACACCAAUGCCGUCAUCAGCUGCCGUCGAAAGAUUAUUUUCUUAUGCAACUAUGACUAAUUUACCAAAAUCUAACAAGCUAUCAGAUGAUAUGUUUGAAGAGAGGGUUAUUUUGAAAUCUAAUUUAAAAAUGCAGUAA